UCUUUCCUUCGCAGUAACAGAGUCACAGAGGAAGGAUGACGGACCUCGUGUAAAUCUGAUGAAACUUAUUUCGUCCUUGUAUCGGAACUGUGAAGGUCUCAGAUCAUUUCAAACUGAGAGGAACAGAAUGGCAAUAUUUAACAACACCACCACAACUAACAUCAGCGACCGUUAUCAAUGUAAGAUAGAAGAGAACUUCAAGUACAUUCUCCUCCCGGUGAGUUACACUCUGGUGUUUGUGUUCGGUCUGGGGUUGAACAUCACGGCCAUGUACGUCAUCCUGUUUCGCACCAAACACUGGAAGCCCAGCACCAUCUACAUGAUCAACCUCAACGUCUGCGACACGCUUUACGUCCUCACCCUGCCGUUCCUCAUCUACUAUUACGCUGAUAAGAACGACUGGCCGUUCGGGGAGGUGAUGUGUAAGCUGAUUCGCUUUCUCUUCUACACAAACCUCUACGGAAGCAUCCUCUUCCUCAGCUGCAUCAGUGUGCAUCGCUUUCUAGGCGUCUGUCAUCCGGUGCGCUCUUUGUCCUGGAUGAACGGCCGGCGUGCUCGUAUGGUUUCGGUGGGAAUAUGGGUGAUCAUUCUCAUCUUACAAACACCGAUUCUUUAUUUCUCCAGGAUGAAUAAUAACAGUGACAUGAAACCGCAAUCAAUGGUUUGCUAUGACACCACAAGCAAGGUGCUCUUCAAUGACUUUAUUGUUUACAGCUCGGUGGUGAUGUUCCUGCUCUUUGUCAUACCGUUCGGAGUGGUGCUGGUCUGCAACGGCCUGAUGGUGAAGAAACUUCAGGAACCUGGUAUUGGUGGAGGUCCAAUGUCACAGCGCUUUAAGCAGAAGUCGGUGAAGAUGAUUAUUAUUGUGCUUCUGGCUUUCAUGUUGUGCUUCUUGCCUUUCCAUGUGAACCGUAGUAUAUACUACACCUUCCGUUACCUGGACAAACAUGUGAGCUGCUCGAUGCUGGAGGCUGCCAGCAUGGCCUACAAGGUCACACGACCGUUAGCCAGCGCCAACAGCUGCAUCGACCCCAUCCUUUACUUCAUGGCAGGACAGGGCUUCAAAAGCAGCAUCAAGAACAAGAAAAGUAAAUCAAGAUAUGAAAAUAGGAAAGCACCCUCGACCUCUUUAUAGUGUGCUCGAAGGAAAACAAACGUACCUGUGCUACUUAUGACUGCUUUUGGGCUCCAGGGUCACAUUUUAUAGAAGGUGAAGGACAGUACUGCUAUAUAUAUCUGCUCUUUGACCAGAGAACGUGCUGCGCUCUAUUCAUGCUGCAUAAUGGUGGUGAAGUUAUAAAUCCCGCUUCAGUUUAGGGAUCUUGCAAACUGGGAAUAUAGGUUAAUUAAGUGUUUAUGAAAAGGUGUGUCAGGACUGUUAGUAUCAGCACAACAGUAAUUCACUAACUCGUUGGAAUUUGGUUCAGUUCCAGGAAACAAAAUCAGAGAGAGCUGUCUUAACAUGCCUUUGAUGGGAUCAGAGAGUUAAGACGUUUAUCGUCAACUUAAGCUAAAACUCGAAGUAAAAAUAUAAAACACUAAAGCUGAAACAAAUAAAUAUUCAGAUAAAUAUUAGAUAAAAAUCUUCAUGUCACUUUGGGGAUUAAAUGCUUAAUUUGAAAUACUACUAAAUCUUUUUCAAACUAAAACUAAAUUAAUGCUACAGAUAUUUAAACAUAAUAUGAAUAAAACAUAAAAUUAAAUUAAAACUAUAGAUAAAGAAAAUAUAAAAGAAAAGUUAAUUCAUAAUAUUAUUACUAUAACACUACAUUAAAAUAAGACUAAGUCCGUCUUCAAUUCAAACAACAUUACAUUUCCGAAUCUAAAAAAGAAGAUUAAUUAACAACGAUUUUGAUAGUAAAGGAGAGGCUGAACAAGGAUAACAUUUCAUUUGAGGUCUAAUUGUUUAAAGGGGUGGUCUGUUGCCAAUUUUCCAUAAGUUGAUAUGAUUCUUUAGGGUCUUAAUUAAAGUUUAUUUGUAUAGUGCUUUUUAUGAUACAAAUCAUUGCAAAGGAACUGUACAGAAAAUUAAGUUUCUACAAUAUUUAGUAGUAGCUUAUCAGUGGUGACUUUCAGUUUAUGUGCAUAUGACAGAAAUGUACAGAAAAAUCAAUUAAAGAUGUAAUAAAACAGAUGAUGAACACUAUUAACAGCAAUUAUUAUAUGAUGCAAUCACACUUAUAUCAAAAUUUGGUAGUUCUAUAUGUUUUAUCAGGGUUAGCUUCUUCUGAGGUCCUCUUGUCAAUCCCGUGGCAAAACAGAGAAACAAAUAGAGUCAUAAUUAGCGUAGCUACCGUUCCAACCAAAUACAAGAUCAUGAGAUGCAUUAUUCGAAUGCUUGGCAAAGGGAUGUGUUUUUAAUAUAGAUUUAAACAGAGAGAGUGUGUCUGAACCCCGAACAAUAUCAGGAAGGCUAUUCCAGAGUUUGGGAGCCAAAACCGAAAAAGCUCUACUUCCUUUAGUGGACUUUGCUAUCCUAGGAACUACCAAAAAAAAACAGCGUUUUGUGACCUUAGGGAGCAUGAUGGAUUGUAACAUGGUAUAAGGCUAGUUAGGUACGCAGGAGCUAAACUAUUUAUGGCAUUAUAGGUAAGUAAUGAUAAUUUUUUUAAUCUAAUACGGACCUUAAUAGGUAGCCCGUGCAGAGACUGUAAAAUUGGGGUAAUAUCAUCAUAUUUUCUUGAGCUGGUAAGGACUAGCCGCUGCAUUUAAGACUUGUAGCUUGUUCAUUGAAGAUGCAGAACAACCACCUAGAAGUGCAUUACAAUAGUCCAGUCUAGAGGUCAUGAAUGCAUGAACUAGUUUUUCUGCAUCAGAAACAGACAACAUGUUUUGUAGCUUGGCAAUGUUUCUAAGAUUGAAGAAUGCUGUUUUUGGAACAUGGGAAUGUUGCAGUCUAAUUUAACACCCAGAUUUCUGACUGCAGAGGAAGUAACAGUACAUCUGUCUAGUUGCAAAUUGUAAUCUACGAGAUUCUGUGUAGUGUCUUUUGGUCCAAUAAGUAGUAUCUCUGUCUUAUCCGAAUUUAAUAGGAGAAAAUUAUUGGUCUUCCAAUCUUUUACAUUUUUAAUACUCUCUGUAAGCUUUAAUAAUAUAGAAGUUUAAUCUGGUCUCGUUGAGAUAUAUAGCUGAGUAUCAUCAGCAUAACAGUGGAAACUAAUCCCGCAUUUUCUAAUAAUAUUACCAAGGGGCAAUAUGUUUAUUGAAAAUAGCAGAGGACCUAGGACAGAUCCUUGUGGCACUCCAUGUUUUAAUGGUGAUAAAUGAGAUGACUCCUCGUUUAAAUAAACAAAGUUGUAGUGAUCAGACAGGUAGGAUCUAAACCAUCUUAGAGCCUGCCCUUGAAUACCUGUAUAGUUUUGUAAUCGAUUUAUGAUCUAGGGUGUCGAAUGCAGCACUAAGAUCAAGUAAAACUAGCAACGAGAUGCAGUCAAUUAAAAGUCUGUAACCUAGUUUGGUUAAAAUUUCUCAAUGGUAUAAACCUAACUAAUAGUUUGUGCUUAAAACAAGAAAAUGAAUCAAUAAAUAAGUUAUUGAUAAAUGAAUGUCUGUAGAUAUAUGUAUGAAUAUUAAGAAAUCUGUACAUCAUGUGAUUUAAAUACCAAUAAGAUCAAUAAAUAUGUUACAUAAAUAACUACUUGAUGUUAAUAAGUAGCCUGUACAGUUGAGGUUAUAUCAUCCAUGUUCAUGCUUUCAUGGGACAUUAAACCCAUGACAUUGGCAUUGCAAUUUAAACCACAUGAACCAAAACAUGAAUGGUGACUUUUCUCUGGUCAAUUACUGUCAUUCUGAACAUACAAUAGCAGUAUUGUAUGAACUGUUAAACUGGCACUUUUUACAGAUGGAAAUCAUGUUAGAUAGUUGUACAAGGGUGAAGUUUUAUAAUAUAGGUGCUACUUUGGUUUAAGCAAAUGUUGACAUUUUCUGUCAUCCUGAUUUGCACCAAGUUGUAAAAUAAAAUGGGAAUUUAUUAAGAUA